AUUUCAAAUACAUUUCGUACAAUGCAAUAUCAGAAUUUUAACUGUGAUAGUAAUGCAGUUCCAUAAGAAUGCAUGUUUGAUUGCAUAUAAUGAACCCAAUUUAAUGGCAAUUAUACCGGUGCAUACUGGGUGAACAAAUUUAAUUAAAAAAACAUAUAUAUAAAAUGAAAUUACAUGACCCCUAUGCUAUAUUUAUAGAUGCGCAUCUCGUGUGCAUCCACGUUGUGUUUGAAAUGUAAACACAGAAUGUUGUAUUGGGGGGAAAAUCUGUUCAUGUAUGUUUGAGACUGCCAGUGAAAUCUGCAUUGGAGUGAUAUAGCAUUAUAGGGACUAGCAUGGUGAUUACGUACUUUCUCAUUUUUAUGGGUGCUCGUGCAUGCCAUUUUUUGCUAAAUCUUUGAAAAAAUCGUUUGACACCUUAAAUAAUAGCUUAGCAAACGGUGACUCGCUACUCACAGUUCCAGCUAGAAUAACACUCACAACAUGUUUUUACCAUGUAAAUAAACAUCCAAACAACAACGUUAACAGCAGCUCAUUAAUUGUUUCGCCAAAAGGCUACUGGAACUAUUAGCUGUCUUAGCAUACCAUAUAUUCAUUUCAGGGGCAAUCUGAAAAUAUAUAUUUUCAUUAAUGCCAUUAUUAUUAUUUUUUAAGUCCUAUUGACGUAAAACUAAUUUCUCUUUAAAUUGUUCUUAGACUGCAAUUGACAAAAUGUAAAAAUUACAUUUUGUAGAAAUUAAAACUAAAAUACUCCAUAAAGCUCUAUAAUCUAAACAAUUGUUAUACUCCUUCAAUGUCCCUUUUCAAGACAGACAUAGAUUAGAUUUAAAACGAGAACUCAAUAAUUUUAAUUUCAGAAAGGAGCAUCCAGGGAUCCGCGUGAGGUGGAUAGAAUGUCCCAAAGUGUAGUUUUGUUUCUGUUUUCUCGAGAUGUACAUCCAAGGAAUAAGGCACCGAGACUCUGGAUGCCUUUUUUGUAUUCCGAUGAAAAAGAAAGAUAAAUGUAACAUCCAUCACCGCGCAGCUCAAUAUUCUGUCCUUUUUUAAAAUUAACAAUAUGAUUCCCAAUCCAGCAUGACAUAAUCCAAACGGUAAAAUUCGACCCACUCUCUGAACAAUAACAGUUUGUUAAUGUUUAUAUCACAGCUGAAAGAUGGCAAAAUGGAAGAGUAGAAAUUGUGUUUUCUGCAUUUCGUUGCCUCAGCCCACGUGUUAGUUAAUUAGUGCCCUUUUAAGUGGCUCCCCAUUGGAUCCAUUUAGCAAAGGUUGCAAAAUAAGGAACAAUACCGUUUAGUAAAAUGUUGCAGACACCUACAUUUUUGCCUUGUGCUUUCCUCCCACACCGUUGGUGAUGCUCCCUAUUCAAGCACCUAGAAGAAAUGCAUCUUUUUAAAGUUGCCUGUUUACAGCUGCCUGUGUAUGGUGGAAGUCAUAAAUCUUACGUAGCCAUAAACGACGGGGGUAGUGUCCUGAAUAAUAAAAAUAGAGAGAGAGAAAGAAAGAAAGAGAGGGAGACGUGGUGUUUGGCUUAAGGAGAGAGAAGUAGAAAUAUCUCCUGAACACCUUCGUGCACCCCCCUCACCCCCUUCCAUUUUGCUCUCUCUCCAGCAUUCUUCCUCGUUUCCUUUUCGCGUUUUUCCAUUCUGUCCUCAAUCCUUAAAUGAUGAUAUGAUGAUAAUUUGUUCUUUUUUUGUAGCCUCCGGUAAAAACAGAAGGAGCUCUGUCGUCUAGUUUUAACGUGCACGCGCCAUCCAUGAUGCUCGCAGGAAUUGUGUGACUCGACAGAGCUUCUUAAUAUAUAUGUGUAUAGUAUAUAUAAAAAACCUUUCUUUUUGGUGAUUUGUUUUCACACCCUUCCCUCGGGUCUCAAGUCCGCCUGUUGUCUGUUCUCUUGUUCUUAGACCCCCACCCCAUUGGCUUUUAUAUUUUGCGCCUAAGUUAUUACACAAGUUGGGUGUGUUGGCAGGGAUGUGAUGAAAUAUUAACAAUGCAGAUAGAAUGUUUUUUCUGCCUCAAGCUAGAAGCAAGCCGGAGCUGAGAACGUACUUCCUGGUAAUUUAAUAUACACCGUUAGAGUAAGAGAGAGAGUCCUCUCUGCUAUAGUUGCCUAUUAAACAAUGUAGAGCAUAAAACCACACAAGUGAAGAGACUCGGGAAAAAAAAAACUCUUCAGCUUCCGUUAUAGAGCUUUAUCUUGUCCCGAGCGCCUGCAAUUAGCAUAAGUUUUCACUGGUGACGCUGUUUGAUGGGGAUUAACGCUUGCGCCUCUCAGAUCCAGCCUGCUCCGUUAUUUCCAAUAGCUGGAAAGGCCUGGUGUUACAUGCAAUAAUAGCCUAGCAAAGGCGAGCAAAUAAUACCAGCAGACCCCGGGCCCCGACAUGAGACAGGGAGAUGUUGCGGCGAAUCGGGAGUCCACCUCGGAUUAUGUUGUUCAAUUUUGCGCCGUGAGGAAAAGGCGAGCGGAGAUUGAAGGCGAAAUCUGAGGCCAUUGUUAUCUGCGAGCAGGGCGUACCAGUCGACAGGGCGGCCAGGAGCUGUGCUGCCUGUCCAUUUGCAGCCCCCCUCGCAUACCUCAGAUCUUUCAUGCUAGACCGUCUCCCCCUUUCGCGAGCCGAGGGGAAUCGUCCAGCAGCGCCCGCACUCUGGCGCGGGGCAGCCGUGCUCGAGAUACCCGGCGUUUGAUGCGCGCUGUCUGGCUGGAAUAUCGAAACUGGUAUGAGCUUUGGGCUUUCUUAUUGAUUGCAGCGUGGCUGAAUGUGGAAAAUAUGAUGCCUGGCCGCGCGUCUCUCAUCAGAGGCUAAGGUCAGCUUUCAAGAGGCCAUUGGAAAGAGACCGUCACGUGACAUCUAGUGCCAAUGUUCUUCCAGAAGGUCGUCAGGACCCUGGUAGCCGGUAACUCGAUUUUUGGAAAUGCAGAAAACGACCUACUACGACAACUCGACACUUUUCGGAGGAUACUCGUACCAGGGGGCAAAUGGUUUUGGCUAUGAUGCCCCGGCACCAAUCUUCCAGAACUCAGCACAUCUUGAGGGUGACUACCAAAGGUCUGCAUGCUCCCUACAGUCGCUCGGCACCAGCGCACCCCCACAGCCUCAGCAUGCCAAGACGAAAGAGCUUAAUGGCAGCUGCAUGCGGCCCAGUCUGCCACCUGAACACCCCCCACCCCCCCAGGUUUCCCCUCCUCAGAACGCUGUAAAUGUUGCUGCCUCAAGUGCCACCCAGCAGCCAGGUGGUAGCAGUGGUGGUGGGGCUGGCAGCGGGGGCACAGCCAAAUCGUCAUCCAAGUCGUCCUCUCUGGCCACAAACCCAGCUCUCACAAAGCAAAUCUUUCCUUGGAUGAAGGAGUCACGUCAGAACACCAAGCAAAAAAACAGCUCCCCUAGUGCAAGCUCAGCUAACGCGGAGAGCAGCGGUGGUGAGAAAAGCCCUCCGGGUUCUGCAGCUUCCAAGAGAGCACGCACUGCUUACACCAGCGCUCAGCUGGUGGAGCUCGAGAAGGAGUUUCACUUCAACCGAUACCUGUGCCGGCCGAGGCGCGUGGAGAUGGCCAAUCUGCUCAACCUUAGCGAGCGGCAGAUCAAGAUUUGGUUCCAGAACAGGAGGAUGAAGUACAAGAAGGAUCAAAAGUUGAAAGGCAUUGGCUCGUCCUCAGGGGGGCCAUCCCCCACAGGAAGCCCACCUCUCCCAAUGCAGUCCUCAGCUGGUUUCAUGAACUCUAUGCACUCAAUGGGCAGUUAUGAUGCUCCCUCCCCACCAUCUUUUAACAAGCCCCAUCAAAAUGCAUACGCCAUGUCAACAGCCUAUCAGAACCCAAUGAAAGGUUGCCCACCCCAACAGAAGUAUGGAAACACUGCACCGGAUUAUGACCCACACGGGCUACAGGGUAACAGUGGCACCUAUGGGACACCAAACAUGCAGGGUAGCCCCGUGUAUGUGGGAGGUAGCUAUGUUGAUGCCAUGCCUGCCACUGGGCCUUCUAUGUAUGGCCUCAAUCACCUACCACACCACCAGUCGGCAAGCAUGGACUACAACGGUGCCACACAGAUGUCGGCGAACCAGCACCAUGGACCUUGUGACCCACAUCCGUCAUACACGGAUCUGUCUGCGCACCAUCCUUCUCAGGGUAGAAUCCAAGAAGCACCCAAGUUGACUCAUCUGUAGCAGGUUUGGACAAAAAAAUUAAAAUAAAAAACAGAAAAAAAGAAAGAAAAAAUGGAAGACAAAACGAAACAGACUAACCCAUGGGGCGAUGCAAUGGGGUUGAAAAAGAUGAUCCAGUGGUUUCUUGCCAUGACUAGAACACCGGUUUGUGUCAAUGUUGUCCUUCCGUUCAUAAGCGAACACACCUGAAUUUAGUAUCCAUAGGUCUGAAUACCCCUUUAAAUGAUACACUCCAUGAAAAGUGGCUAGUUUAUGCCAAGGAAUAGACUGUCUAGCUGUAUGACCUCAUUACAUCAUCCUAAAUGUUUGUGUAUUUCUUCAGCAUUAUUGCUGCAUUCUUCGCAAUUUGGAGGGCGGUACAGUAUAUCUUAAAUUUACUGGUGCAAGAAAACCACUGGAUUGUUUUCGUCCACCACCCUUAUUUCACAUACCUCCUUUUUUAAACGUCUAAAAAAACCAGUCGAUUUUUUUUUUAUUUUUAUUUUUAUUAACUUGUUCCCAAAACAGCAGUUGACUGGCACGGUGUCUUUAGCAAGGUACCGUGAUCAAGAUAUUCAUCUCUUUUAAGUCCAUUUUACACUAUGCUACCUGUCACUAUUAAUGAUAAGUGAAUAAAAUUUUGUUAUGGCUUUGACACAGGGUAAAAGAGAAGAGUUGAGAAUAAUAGUAAAUUAAAGUUCAUUCCCUCUUUCACAACUCGCUGCCCCUCCCUCUUCCUCAUACUCCUUCCCCAGUUCUUUAUCUUUCUCAAUCUUUGGGUUCGCCUACAUUAGUCCAAACUAAUAAGAAAGGCCCACAUUUUCUCAUAUCUUGACUUAACGUGGAAACAGGGUAUAUCUGAACAAAAAUGCAUGUCCGGGAAACCAAGCUAGGGCGCAGACGUCUUUGUUUACGCCUAAUGCUCUCUCGUCUGGACAUCAUUGUUGCACUUAGAGUUUACAUUUAAUGGGUGAGGAAGAAAAGUAAAUCUUAUUUUGAAUCGGAAGACCUUCAAUCAGCGUCUUUCGCUAAGUGUGUUCAAGUGAACAUUCAUAAAUAUAUAUUUAUUUGUUAUAGCCAGUUUAAAUAC